UACCGAACAGCGGCUGGGCUUUCUUAUGACGAUGGUAAGCAUAGUAGUACCUGAUAUAGGGCAGUCUACCUUGAAUUCAUCCUGGUGAACAAGGUGCCAUGUCAGCUCAACCCAACGUCUGGCUUAGCAUUUUGCUUGAAUUCCUCGAUCAUGCAGUCUUGCACAUCCCUGAGGGACUGGUGAUUGGCUUCAAUACCUGCCCUUUAUGGGCAGUGUCCGUGGUUGCAUGCAUGUAUUUCCCAAAGCACUUAGACGAAAAAAAGUUGCCGUAAAUGUUAAUUUGACUACACCAGGAGUGAGCAUUAAGGAGCAGGCUUUGUGUAUCUUGUUUUUGACAUGUACCAUAUACCCGGGAGUAGAUUGAGACUCCACGGUCACGCUCAGAGAGACCUGAGUUUCGUUGUCGGACUGGACUGACCUUCGUCGUCAGCAAUGACAACGCCCAGCCGCUCUACUACCAGCAUUGUAGAUUGCACAUCGCCUAACUUGA